AUGGGAUUCGGCGACGUGUGGAUGAGUUGGAUGGAAGCUUUUAUUUUCUCUAGUCAUAUGUCGGUAAUGGUAAACGGGAGCCCCACUAAAGAAUUGACGGUGGAGCGAGGAUUGCGUCAAGGAGAUUCAAUUUCACCUUUUCUCUAUGUCAUCGUGGCGGAAGGUUUGAAGUGGUUGAUAAAUAGAGCGGUGGAAAACGGUAUCUAUGCGGGGAGUAGUGUGUAUGGCAAGUGUUUCAUCGAUGUGAUUCAAUUUGCGGACGACACCCUUAUGGCGGGGGAUGGGAGUUGGAAUCAUUUGUGGACCAUCAAAUCGGAUGUGUCAGUGGCAUCAAUGGGUGGAUGGAGCUCUAAUGGGUGGAUUUGGUCGGAUAUCGGCAUACCGCACAACAUUCGAUCCGAACAACAACUAGAACCAAUGCUAUCUCUUCUAAUUUCCCAGCUGGAUCGAUACCAGCCAGCCUUUGCAGGAACAGAAGCGGAUUCAGUUAUCCACGUUAGUGUUCUAGCUUCUCCGCUGCUGGAGCAUCCUACCUGCUCAGUUGGGACGGAUAGGUCCAUUCUUCAUGUUAGUGCAACAACUUUUCCGCUGAUGCAACAACCUGCCUCUUCCGCUGGGACAUAUAUGCCCUGCUGGUCUUACGACAACGAAGGGUAG